UUUAGUUGCUUCACGUGGUCAGUCCGCGGAAGAUGACUCGAUGUUAAUAGGUGUAAAGUUAUUGACAAAAGCGGUCGUACGACGGACCGAUCAGUUUCCGGUACUUCUUACGAGUGUGAUUUUGUUUGAUGAAAAUGUGAUUUGGUAUUGCCAUCGGGAUAUUGCUUUAGUGUAAAGAUUUUUAAAUUUAUUUUUUCAAAAGACUGUUUGGUUUCAUUAGGAGAAUCAUUAUCAGCAAUCAGUUUUCCAAUCAGAAAAUGAGACAACGUAGGCGAUGGAAGCUGUCCUGGUGCCUACUUCUCGUCAUUCCAUUGGCAACAGCUUCUUCCCUCCAUGACGAACCUCCAAGAAAUCGUAAUGCUCAAAAGUCUCUUUUUUCACCCCGCAUGGACUACAACCAAUGGAAACCCUUGGGUCGAGGAGAUCCUUUAAAGAACGACCCCACUUUUGACUACGUCCCACCUCAACUGGACCAUGUGCAUUACUGGAUGGAUCCUGAGCCCCAACCUCAAUCGAACCCCACCAACGAGCAUGGAAAAAAGACUGAGAUUCUCCUGCUGGGGGUUUCCUCUAAAAAACCUGCCAUUACUGCAAGUGAUCGACGAGAUACGGUCUACGAGCCCUACACAAAAUACCAUCAGGAAAAAAAUUAUUUCCAUCAUAACCAGAGGGUUGCUAGACCGAACUUUUUCCCUUCCAUGACCUCACAGAUUAUACCAAGCAUCAUGUCCGUUGCCAAUCAGAUCCUUGAUGGAACGGUAUUUUCCAAGAACCAAGAACACAGGGUGCCUUAUACGGUACUUAUGCCACCCCCGAUAGAAAAUAAGGAGUCAAACUUAGUCUCUGAACCAAUAGUGACUAGUCCAAUGACCCAAAGACCUUUUACCCCAAGUCAGUACUACAGCUCCACUCCCUCUGGUAGGGUAACAGUUCAAGAAUCGAAUUUGAUUUACCAGUCCAGCAGCCUGGUAAGUCAAAAGGAGUUUGAAGCAGUGCCAUCUAUUAGCUGGAAACUGCCUUCAACGACAGAAUCUGUUCGUCAUGGAUAUCAAGAACUUUCACCACCAAAGUCUUUUAUACGUAUCCAGUUCGCACCUCAAAACUAUAGCAAUAAGAUCCUGGAAGCAUCUGAUAGCAACCAUAAUAUAAAUUACGUCACUCCACCUCCCUUAGAUGAGAGUAAAAUGACCUUUAAAGGCCACGUAAGUGACGACAAUGAUAUUUCCGAUAGUUACGUCAAAAUUGAGAAACCACAAGCCCAAAUAAACCAUAUGGGGGUUGAAAUUGAUAACAUGCAUCCCUUGCCCAUCAUUUUUCCGCAUGCGGAGCAUUUUGGUUACAACAUGCAAACAAUAAGGGAUAUGGAGACCAUGAAGCCACCACCAGUGACUCAAAAUCCAAUUUUCACUCGACCAACGAACCCUGUAGCCAGUUUAUUAAGGAAAGAGCAUGUGAAACAUGAUUUGGAGUCAACUAACUACAUCGGUAGCAGCUCUUCCAUUCAACAUACGUUCGUCAGCACACCUCAGCCAGAAGUUUUGACUGCAGCACCCACUUUAGCCACAACAAUAUCACAUACUAGCACUAUAGCACCGGAAAUCACCACAGUGAUGCCCACCACGACAGAAACUGUCACUACUAUGCAAGCUUUGACCACAGAUCCUAUUUUUAAGCAUUACAAGCAGCCAGCUGAACCACUAAGGGGCCCAUUAUACUUGAUCAUACAAGGACACUCAAAAGUAAAAACCUAUAAGCCUGCAAAGCAAAUCAAUGGCAUUAUGGUGCAAGAAUCCAAUGAGAUCCCUUAUUCAAAAGACAGGAAGAUUGACUAUAAUAUUAAACAUCUUCAUGGUUAUGACAUGAAGGAAGACCUUAUUCAGAAGUCUGAGACUAUUGCAAGGCAAAGGCAAGCGAGAACAGGCAAUUUGCAAACAUUGAAGCAUGUGGUUCAGACUGGCUUAGGAGCAAUAGACUUUGAGGAAGGAAAGUUAGAAAUGCAACGAAGAAGUGACGUGGACCUCGAGGAAACUGAACUGGAGGCUGGAUUCGAAGUUGGUGAUCAAGAUGUUACUAGUGAAAAGUAUUAUAAAGGGAUCGUUGAAGAGGCGAGGAAAUUGAAAAUUUAAGGGUUAAUUAGUUUUGUGCCAUUGAGAUGCUUGAAAAUGCUUUUGAUAAAAUAUAGUUUUGUAAUAUAAGUUUUAUUUAAACU